AUGGUGAAGGCGGCAGUGGUGGCCGUACUGCUGAUGCAAUGCUGCGACGUGAUCCUCGCGGCGAGGCCGUUGCUGCAUGUGGCGGCAGGGGCGGACGGCGGGUGGCAGCUGUGGCAGGGCGCCGUGACAACAAUGGUGAUGCAAGUGCUAGACAAGGGCAAUGGGCCGCCGGGCGGCGCCGGCGCCGGCAACUGCGGCGACUGGAGGAAUUCCGGGAACCCCGGCUGCCAGACCUAA